UGAGAAUAAAUUCUAUCUGAUCUGUGGUCAAGUCAUAGUCAAACUCAAAUAAAGGAAUCGUCGAUUCAUCGAAGAGGGUAUCAAUAAUUUAGUUUGUGUUAAUUGUUCAUAGAAUGAUAGAAUUAAUGAGACCUUUCACUUCAAUCUUAGUUUUAUUACAUCUGUAGACAUAUUUGGGAUUUGGUCCUAAUAAUUUAUGAAGAUUUGUCUGUAGUAACAAGAAUUUGAAGCGAUCAUGGCGUCAAAUACAAAUGUAUCUAAGACGAAAUUUACAUUAAACAACGGGACAGAAAUGCCAGCUAUUGGAUUAGGCACUUUCCGUAUCAAAACUGAAAAUGCCAUAAUGAGUACUGUUGAUUCCGCCCUGGCUGCUGGAUAUCGUUUGUUUGAUACUGCUGCGGUCUACGGAAAUGAAUUCUAUUUGAAAAAUGCAUUUCGAACUUUACUACCAAAGUAUGGUCUUAGAAGAGAGGAUAUUUUUGUGACAACCAAGCUGUCACCAUCUAAUCAUGGGAACCGAGAUGUUACUGAAAGAGCUUAUAGGAAAUCACUGCAGAACCUUGGGUUAGACUAUGUGGAUUUGUACUUAAUUCACUUUCCUGGUACUGCUAAUACUGCCGCUGAUGAUAUUUUAAAUGUAAAAAUCCGUGAUCAGACUUGGGCUGGAUUGGCUUCACUUUAUGAUGAAGGUCUAAUUAAAGCUAUUGGUGUGUCGAACUUUACAGUUAGACAUCUACAACAAGUAAUCUCUGCUACUCAUGGUGUUGUACCAGCUGUUAAUCAGGUUGAAUGGCAUCCUUACUACUUCCAACAUGAUCUCAUGGAAUAUUGUAAGAGGAAUGGUAUUGUUCUUCAAGCUUACUGCUCGUUUGGUGGUACUUCAUCUUCAAACAUGAAUUUAAUGCAAGAUCCAGUGGUGAACAGCAUAGCUAAAAAAUUUGAUGUUACUUGUGCCCAAGUACUUUUGAAAUGGGCUCUUCAACAAGGUGUUGCUGUGAUCCCGAAAUCCACUGAUCCCCAACGUAUCAAAGAAAAUAUUUCGCUAAAUUUUACUAUACCAAAUGGGGAUAUCAUAGCCCUUAAUGCACUUGGAGAACGCAAUAUUAAAUAUGCUUGGGAUCCUAGUGUUGUAGCUUAAUAACAUUUACAUUCUUAUAUCCUUUAUUAAUUAAAUGUGUGUGAUAUGGUCGUACAUAACGUACGACAAUAAGCAGGGUCAUUAAAUUAAUUAUGUAAUUUAAUGCUUAGCAAAUGUUUACGAUGACGGAAGAUGAAGUUGAUAAAUGGUCGGAUAUACUCAAUAAAGUAUG